UGCAAGAGCAGCAGAGACCUGGAGAUUGUCCACGUUUACAGGCUGAACGUCCUCGGCCCUCUGCGUUUCCCCCUCCGAACUUUUAGCUUUUUUUUAAUUUAAUUUUAAUUUUCUGUCGCUUUUAAUCCUUUGAUUCGUGUAAGAUGUUCGCGUGCUGCGCUGUAGUUUUUUCCUUCCUCGCUGCGUGGACGGUGGUGGGUUCGAAUCCCAGUCCUGUGCUAGGGGAUGUAGUCGUGGACAGAUACCACGUCCCCGAGCUGUGUUCCAGAGAAGUGAAGGACGGAGACUAUGUUCGGUAUCACUACAACGCCACGUUCACCGACGGAAAAACCUUCGACUCCAGUCAUCAGCGAGGAGCUCCCAAAGUCGGCCUGAUAGGUGAAGGUCGGCUCCUUGCUGGUGUUGAUAAAGGUCUGCAGGGCAUGUGCGUUAACGAACGCAGGCGGAUCACCGUCCCACCACAGCUGGCCUAUGGAAGCACCGGCGCAGGUGAUAUGGUUCCUCCAGACACCACCCUGGUGUUUGACAUCCAUCUGCUGGAUCUGUGGAACAAAGCUGACCUGGUAGUCGUCAAAACCAUCACUACUCCCAAAGACUGCACACGUUCCGUGAUGCGCACUGACUUUGUGCGCUAUCAUUUUAAUGGCACCCUCCUCAACGGAUCAGUCUUUGACUCUAGCUACACCAGGAACCAGACCCAAAAUGCUUUAGUUGGUGAAGGGUGGCUGAUCAAGGGCAUGGACGAGGGCCUGAUGGGCAUGUGUGUGGGAGAGAUCAGAAACAUUGUCAUCCCACCUUUUAAAGGCUACGGAGAAAAAGGAUCUGGUGCAGAGAUUCCAUCCCAGGCAACUCUGGUGUUUGACGUGCUGCUGGUGGACAUCCAUAACCCGAAGGAUAACAUUAGCAUUGACAACCAGGUGGUGCCGGAGCCGUGCACACGCAAAUCUGUGGCCGGGGAUUAUAUGCGAUACCACUAUAAUGGAACCUUCUUGAAUGGAGUCACCUUUGACUCCAGCUACCAGAGGAACACCACAUAUAACACAUACAUCGGGAUGGGCUACGUGAUUCCGGGCAUGGACCAAGGGUUGCUGGGAGUCUGCACCGGUGAGAGGAGGAGGAUCACCAUUCCUCCACACCUGGCCUAUGGAGAGCAAGGAGCAGGUGACAUCAUUCCAUCUUCAGCUGUGUUAGUGUUUGACAUUCAUGUCAUUGACUUCCACAACCCCAGUGACACAAUCGUUAUCCAGGUCACCUACAAACCGGAGACGUGUAACGAGACCACCGCCGUCAACGACCUUGUUUAUUACAAGUACAACUGCUCCCUGGUGGACGGCACGCUGCUCUUCUCCUCAGGUGACGACAACGUUCAGUCCGCGGUGCUCGGGGAGGACAGAGUGAUUGACGGGCUGGAUGAAGGCCUGCGGGACAUGUGCACGGGAGAGAGGAGGGCGGUGACGGUGCCGCCUCACCUCGGCCACGGAGAGCAAGGAGCCGAUGGCGUACCAGGCAGCGCUGUGCUGGUGUUUGAGAUUGAACUGGUUCGCUUUGAGAAGGGCGUGCCACCAGGCUACCUGUUCGUGUGGCUGGAGGACACUCCUCCUGACUUGUUCAAUACCAUGGACACAAACAAGAACAAUGAGGUCACUCAGGAGGAGUUUGGGGAGUUCAUCAAGACGCAAGAGGCAGUAGAAGGUCGUAUAAAGCCUGGAUUGACCAUGGAGCAGGUUAUUGCAGACAUGUUCAAAAACCAGGACCGCAACGAUGACGGACUCAUCACAGCCAGUGAACUCAAACUGAAGGUGGAUGAAGACAUUGAAAGGGAGCAGGCACAACACGACGAGCUGUGAUGAGUGAAAGUUUGUUUUCUCUCAGGGUGAACCUCAAAAACA